AUGGACGAAGAUGAAUUAUUUCUGGAUAGUGCUAGUACAUUUGAUGCUGGUAACCUAAGUGAAAUGGAUGAAUUGGCCAUAUUGGGUGAUGAAGACAUUCAAGAUGAUGAAAGUGUGAGGGAGGAAAGCGGGCUACAUCAUGAAGAAACUGAAGAACUUGAUUAUGAUGAGGAUUUAGAAACUGAAAAAACACCACGUUUGUCAAAAUUCAGUUCUGAAAGAAUCAAAUCAGUGAACUCGGAGAAAAACUCAUUUGCGACAACAAAAGAGCGACUGGUAAAAAGCGGGACGCCAACUGCAGCGCGUACACCAAAAGUUUUCAUCAAUCCUCAUCAUAAAAACGUUAUUAGGCCAAGAGCAUCGGCAUCCCUCAAUUUGCCGCUGCCGUGGGAAGCUCCUAUUGCAAUGUGUAAUAUAGCGAGCAUACGACCUCCAGUAGUUCUUCCUCCACCGAACAACGUCCUCAUGUUGCCUCAGCCUCUCCCAUUUCCUGUAAGUGGAAGUUAUUGGAUCGUUCCAUCAUCAUCUGCUGAUUUUUCGCGACCGCCACCUCAAAUCAUGCCACUUCCAAAUUAUUCAACUCCACCUCCACUAAUUGUUCCUAAUCAGUUUGUGGUUGAAUCUGUUGGCUCAAUUCCAUCUGUUGGGCAAUGGGACCAAAUGGUAGAAGGUUUUUUGCGUCGUACAACAGCUCGCAGUCGAUCUCGUUUUUCACGUUCCCCUCGAUCUUCACGUUCACGCUCAAGGUCGCGUUCUUAUUCAUCUCAUUCCUCAAGUUCUACUGUAUCUUCACGUUCUUCAUCUAGAUCACCUUAUCGUCGAGUUCACUCACGCAACCACCGUUCGUCAUCACGUCGUCCAUUCAGCUAUCGUUCAAGGCCAGAAAUAAAUGAAACAAUAAGACGACAUCCUGGUGAUCGCUUAAGACAGUCAACUGACAAUCGGAAAGAUUCAAUGUUUUAUUCCGAACGCAGUAGAAAUGAAUUAAAUGAUAUCACUAAGCAGGAGAAAACAAUUGAGUGUGCGAAAGCAAUUGGUUUAGAUUAUGACUAUUUGCACAAAUUGGAAGAGCAGAAGAAGAUGCGUGAAGAAAUUUUGCGUAGGAAAGAAGAACGACGAAUCCAAUCUGUCAGACGCAGAGAUCCACUCACCGUGACUGAUGAAAAAAUUGUACGAAACGUGAGUCACGCUGCAAAUUUUAACGAUCGGCGAAUAGAUCGUGAUCGAGGAAUAGAUGAAGGGCAUUCCAGAAAAAGGGAAUGUGAUGAUAAAAUACGAAAAAUAAGUAGCAUCAAAAAUGGUACUAAGGGACCGGAGCGUGGUGCUGAUAUUGGCAUUGUACAAAAGAGUCUUAGGCGAAAUCUGCCAAUUUGUGUCGAGAAAAUGGCAUCUGGUGGUAUUAAUAUUAGUAAUGUGUCGCGGAGAAAUGAAUCUGCCAUGUUGCUGAAUGAUUCUGGCAAAGAAGUUGCAGCAAAUAAAAUGAUAGCAUCACGAUACACUGAGCGAGAAAGUGAUCAGCAAGUAGAGGGAAUGCGUAAGAAAAGGGCUUAUUUGGUUGUUGUGGUGAAUUCAUUGAAUUUAGCACCAAUCAGUGUGGAUAGAAUAAGAAUCAUUGCUGAAACUAUCGGAUCUACAAAGAAAGUUUGGAAAUCUUCCGAAAAUACAGUGUCUCUCAUCUUCGAACAACAUGAAAGUGCCAAGAAAUUUAUGUUUCAGUAUAACAAUCGAGUAAUCCAUGGUGUCCAGUUUGCUGUAACGCUUCAAAAACUCUUUGCCAAUAUAUCGGAACUUCGAUGA